AUGGUCCCCUGCCCCGAAUACGCAGCAGUUCAUGCCCCUACGUACUGGAAUAGCGUCUCAAUAAUUUUUCUCACUCACUACAUUCAAUGUAACGCAUUUCAUUUCAGAUUCACCAUCAACCUCCACAGCAAAUCGGCUGAUUUCUCCGGAAACGAUGUUCCACUUCACAUUUCCGUCCGUUUUGAUGAAGGAAAGGUUGUGAUGAACACUUUCUCAAACGGCGAAUGGGGCAAGGAAGAGCGUAAGUCACUCCCGAUCAAGAAGGGAGACUCGUUCGACAUUCGAAUCCGCGCUCAUGAUGACCGUUUCCAGAUUGUCAUUGACCAGAAGGAGUUCAAGGAUUACGAGCAUCGCCUUCCACUCACCACGCGCAGCAUCACUCAUCCUUAUCGAUGCGAUGUGAUCUUUACCUGA